AUGAAGAGGACAUUCAACAAGCGACGAAGUAAGAGCUACCCAAGAAACCCCAAGACUAUCGGCGACAUAGGCGACAUUCCCCAGAAGUAUAAGAACACAUUGGACGGUAAAGAAUUUCUAAUAUAUGACUCCUGGAACGACGAAGAAGAUGACGAGCCCCCUCAAAACCGCAUUUUGGUAUUUUCUACUAGACAAUUUUUGAAGAGACUCACUCAGUCUCUUAUUGUAAACCUGGAUGGGACGUUUGAGACGUCGCCAGAUAUAUUUACCCAAGUGUUUACGAUUCAUGGUGAAUAUGGAGGGGAAGUGUUUCCUUUCGUAUUUGCCCUUCUUCCGGACAAAUCGGAAGCCUCUUACCGGACCGUACUGCAGGCUGUCGUCGACAAGUGUCGGGACAUGAGGAUAGCGUCGCCGAAACCGGUAACUGUUAUCUCCGACAUGGAAGUGGGCAUCAUCAACGCCACCAAGACCAUCUUCAGUGACGCAGAGAUAAGGCUAUGCUUAUUUCAUUUGCGCCAAGCUGCGUGGAGGCAUCUACAAGAAGGUGGUCUGCAGGUUGCCCACCGCAACCCAGAGGAUGACUCGAUACGAAAUGCCUUCAGAGAAGUGGUCGGCUUGGCUUUUGUUCCGGUAGAUGAUGUCAAGGAAGCCUGUGAAGUGGUGAUCGACAACCUCCCCGUAAGGAUGGCUGACUUCGGGGACUACUUCGAAAAAACAUACGUCAUCGGACAUCGGAACAGAAGAACUCGACGAACGGUUCCUCCGCGUUACCCUCCAGCCCUCUGGAAUCACUACAUAGCAGCUGUGGAAAAUCAGCCACGUACAAAUAAUGCCACUGAGGCAUGGCACAACAGGUUCCAGACAAUAGUAGGGAAAAGCCACCCCUCACUCUACAAAUUAAUUGGAGAAUUCCAAAAGGAGGCAGCCGACGUCAAAGUGAUGAUGGAAGAACUUGACGGUUUGUGUUGGCAAAGGGGUGUGGAUGGAGAAGGUGGCCCUUCAUGCAAUAUAUCGGACGCACAGAAAGAAUCCUGUCAAAAUGUUCAAGGCUCUGCUAACCGAUCUUGUUGGGCGAAGAAAUGGGACGAAGACCAACUUGGAUAA